CGAAUGACGGGUGCCUGCGGAUAUAUCGCGCAGAUGCAGUGCGGUCCCCAGCCCAGCUCUUUGUGCGCUGAGUCUCUCUCCCGGACUCCUCGCAUGUCGCGCAGUCUGCUUUGCCAGGCGCAAGCUUGAUUCUCUCAUUUUUCACGUUCGCUCUCUACAGGCGUUCGCAGCUGGCCUACGCUGGACGAGGCUGGAAUUAUGGCGACUCCUGAGCAACCGGAAUCACGACCACAGGCGGGCCCACUUCCGUCUAAGAGGGGGGAGAUUGGCUUUGUGGAGGGCGUUGAUGUGUCGACGCAGCAGGAGCAGGCGGGCGAGGGCUCUGGGACCGCAGAGACGUCGAGUCCGCUGCCUGAGAGGCACCCGGCGGAUACACCUUUGCCUACAACAACACCACCACAGGAACCCAACCCACCUACGACCCCUACCCCAACUACCAAUGCACCUCCUGCUGAUAGUCCAUCUACCGCCAACCCUCCAAAUACCUCUGCCCCUCUUAACCUGUCUGGGACAACCGGCCGGAAGCUCUCCUCAUUCCUAGGCUGCAAGCGUAUCCCUCUCUUCUGGGGCAUGCGCGUCACGACCCUCUCCCUCUUCGCGUUCCAGAUUGCGGUGCUCGGUGCCACCAUCGGAGGCUGGAUCGUCCUCAUCCAACGCAUGCAGGCCGCCCGGGCCUCCGACCAGCAAUCGGGCCAGGGCGACGAUGGCGGCAUGUCGAUGGGCUCCGCGCUGAUCUUCGUGUACGUCGCAUUCGCGAUGCUCACCCUCCUGCAGGUCGUCUUCCUCGAGCGGUGCUUGUUCCGGCUGCGCGCAGAGCGCUACGCCUUCACGCACUCCGGGGAGGUGCUCCCCACACACCACGACCGCGGCCAGCCGCGGCACCCGGGCAUCGCGUUCGCGCCCUGGAACCGACCUCCACUCCCUACGUACGCGGCCACGCUCGCGCAGAGCGGCGUCGGCACGGGCGACGUCGAGGACAACAUUAUCGCACAAGCGCCCCCGCCCGCGUACGGCGAGCACCGCAACAGUCAGCUACUCCUCCGCGGUGAUGUCCCCGAGCAGCUCCGCUCAGAACGCCUCCGCGACAGCGUGGGCUCGCGUGGCUCGAUCAUGUCCUGGUUGAACAUCCGGCGCAUUAGCGUGCGGAGCACUGGGGGACCAGGUCCGCGCCUCACACCCGACCCGGAUAGUGACCGGCCGAAGAGCUACAUGAGCACGGACCCGGAGUGGGAGGAGGCGCUGGACGCGGACCGUGCGGCGGUGCUGGAGGACACAUUGGCGAAGCUGGAGGAGGGGGACGGCCAGGGCCACGGUGCCCGUCCUAGUACGGAAUCGGGGACGACGGCACAGAGUAGGAGAUGAGGUGAGCUGUUUUUGCUGGUUGGUGGACGUACUUGAUGACUAUCCUUCCCCCAGGGUACAUAUCGACUCUUGCAUAUCUGCACGUCCCCCAGCACCGGGCAUAUCGAGAUACCACUACACACCUUCGGAUCGCUCGGAUCGCUCUGGAUCCAUAUCGCUGCCUCCGCUCGCUUGUUGUACAAAACCAGUUGUUGACAACCGCUUUCUGUAUAUAGCUUUGCAGUUGAUGCUGUGAAUAUUUUCUCCGCGCUCCAGCGUGUACACUAUCAACGGAUUGGGUCGGCGUGGACCGCAGGGCAUGUGGUGUGCUCGGCCGACUUAUAGGUCCAAUGUUCGCACCAGCUUGGCUCUGAUGUUUGGUCACCCGUGAGUCGCCCAUAUGUGCCGUUGAUAUCCCUCAACAUGAUCCGUUGUAUGCCUCGAAA